GAGCUAUUCAACUCUGGAGCAUCAAGACAUAUGUCGUCCUAUCGAGAUUUGUUCCAAGAUUUCAUUAGUAUCGCACCAAAGCCAAUCACAACAGUGGAUAGGCAUACCUUUGAGGCCAUGGGCAAGGGGAAUAUUCAGAUCACUCUGCCAAAUGGCCAAUCUCAGACUCGCAUACUGCUA